CUAAUCCUAAAAUGCCAAAAGUGGAAUGAGAGGUAUCACACUCUUAUCCCCAGAUGCAUAAAUAACGCUUCUGGAAAACCAGAAGCACCAGAGGCUGGAGAAACCUCAAUCUUUUUGAGAUAGUCAAGCAUUGGACACUUUUCCACCAUGCUGAUGGCAUUUUGAGUAUAUUUGUCAAUUUUCCCAAAUUUUAACUGAAGAAAACCUUGAGAAUUUAUACUUGAGGACUAAAGUGUGACCACCGAUUAUCAGGCUUUCAGGAUGAAUCUGGAAAAACUCAGCAAGCCUGAACUCCUAACACUAUUCAGUAUUCUUGAAGGAGAGCUUGAAGCAAGGGACCUUGUGAUAGAGGCUUUAAAGGCCCAACACAGGGAUACUUUCAUUGAAGAACGCUAUGGAAAAUACAACAUCAGUGAUCCUUUAAUGGCCCUGCAGAGAGACUUUGAAACACUGAAGGAGAAAAAUGAUGGCGAGAAGCAGCCGGUCUGCACAAACCCACUCUCUGUUCUUAAGGUGGUGAUGAAGCAAUGCAAGAACAUGCAGGAACGCAUGCUGUCCCAGCUGGCCGCGGCCGAGAGCAGGCACCGGAAGGUGAUCCUAGACCUUGAGGAAGAAAGGCAGAGGCACGCACAGGACACAGCUGAAGGAGAUGAUGUCACCUACAUGCUGGAGAAGGAGAGAGAGCGGCUGACCCAGCAGCUGGAAUUUGAGAAGUCCCAAGUGAAAAAGUUUGAGAAGGAGCAGAAGAAGCUGUCCAGUCAGCUGGAGGAGGAGCGCUCCCGCCACAAGCAGCUCUCGUCCGUGCUGGUGCUCGAGUGCAAGAAAGCCACCAGCAAGGCAGCCGAGGAGGGGCAGAGGGCGGGAGAGCUGAGCCGGAAACUGGAGAAGGAGAAGAGCCGGGUGAGCCAGCUGGAGGAAGAGCUGGCCGCGGAGCGGAAGCGAGGCUUGCAGACAGAAGCCCAGGUGGAGAAGCAGCUGUCUGAGUUCGACAUCGAAAGAGAGCAGCUGAGGGCAAAACUGAACCGAGAAGAGAACCGGACCAGAACUCUAAAAGAAGAGAUGGAAAGUUUGAAGAAGAUCGUGAAGGAUCUGGAGGCUUCUCACCAGCAUAGUAGCCCUACUGAGCAAUCCAAGAAACCGGUAACCGUAUCUAAGGGCACAGCGACUGAGUCUCCUGUGCUGGUGUCUGUAUUUUGCCAAACGGAAGGUUUCCAGGCAGAAAGAACCCACGGGAGCAACGUAGCCAAGGUGCUGACCACUGGGAUGCCUGGCCCCACCACUCCUACUUACUCUUAUGCAAAAACCAACGGCCAUUUGGAGCCCGAGAUACAAACUGCCAAGGAGUCGGUUACAGGCAGCAGUGUGGAAAACCAAGUGCCUCCACGAGAGAGGUCUGUGGGGUUGGCCCAAGAGAAAGCAGUGGAGAAUGGCGGGUGUCCUGUGGGAAUUGAGACUCCUGUCCCAGCACCUGGUCACCUCCCGUCCAGCGGGGGCUCGCUGUCUCCCAGCAGCACCGCCUCCUCCUCUCUCACAUCCUCUCCUUGUUCCUCCCCGGUGCUAACUAAGCGCUUGUUGGGGUCCUCAGCCAGCAGCCCUGGCUACCAGUCAUCCUACCAAGUAGGGAUCAACCAGCGGUUCCAUGCAGCGCGGCACAAAUUUCAGUCCCAAGCAGAUCAGGACCAACAGGCCAGUGGUCUGCAGAGCCCUCCAUCCAGGGACCUGUCUCCCACGCUCAUAGACAACUCUGCCGCCAAGCAGCAGGCCCGCAACACAGUCACUCAGGUGCUCUCCAGGUUCACUAGCCAGCAAGGGCCGAUCAAGCCCGUCUCCCCCAACAGCUCUCCCUUUGGCACAGACUAUCGGAAUCUGGCCAGCACUGCCACCUCGAGAGGGGACACCAGCCAUUCCCCUACUCCAGGGAAAGUGUCCAGUCCACUGAGCCCUCUGUCUCCAGGGAUCAAGUCCCCCACCAUCCCCAGAGCUGAGAGAGGACACCCGCCUCCCAUCCCACCCAAAAAACCGGGCCUCACUCCCUCUCCAUCCACUACCACUCCAUUGACCAAAACCCCUUCCCAGGCCUCCUCCUUGGCCGCCGCAGAAGACCUAGCCGGCAGCUGCUGUUCAAAUGCCGUUGUGGCUAACGGCAAGGACGUCGAGAUCCUUCUGCCUACCAGCAGCUAGUCCCUAGCGGGAGGCUCCACGUCUGACAUUCCACCAGAUUUCGUCCAAGAGCUCAGAGUCAAACCGUUGAGUCAGAUCAUGUUAUUUAUUUUGAUAGUAGCUGAAACCAUCUGUAUAAUACAUUUAGUGUGUUUUACCUUUUUGUAUUUUUUUAAGUAGAAACCAAGUAGUUUGGAUUUGUAUGACUCACACCUUUGUACUAACGCGGGAAGGGCACCUCAAAGACAUCUCCAGCUCGGCAGUCACCGACCUGUUGUGAUGGAGAAAGCUAAUUGAGUACCAGGUGGUGAUUUGCUAUUUUGGGACUAGAAUCACUCAACACUCAUUUUGAAUUAUGCAGAAAGUGGUUCGUGUAAAUUUUUAUUCCAGAUGAACGUGUUUAAAAAGUGCCUGAAAUAAGACUGCCAUAUGAAUGUGAUUCUGCAGCGAAAACACAAAAUGGAUCAUCUAAUUGCAGAAAAUGAGGUCCUCCGUGAAUCCUGAAUGUUAAAAACCAACACUGCUUUUAAUCCUCUUUUGCUGUUUUUAAUAUAAGCUCUGUGUCCAGAAACAAGGCUGCAUCAGUAGGAUGGGAAUCCUGAAGGUGGUUGUGGACUCCCCACAAAGCUGAGCUUUAUAGAGCCCUUGAGAAACCCUCCUGAGCAGUAAGCAGCUGGGGUGCCGGUUUUCUUGUACUUCUGAAAAAUUAAGUCACUCCCAGUUUCCUGCAUAAAUUCUUGAAUGGAAUGAAAUCACAUCUCCUUUCAAAAAAUGUCUUCGGGCAUCUACUGUUGUGUAAGGAACUUCUGAUUCCAAUCGCUAUUACUUGAAUAGAAAAUGGCUACUCAUUCUGUAUAAAAGUUUUUCAACAGAAUGAGAUCUUUAUUCUGUAAUCAAAAAGCAAUAACUGAAAAGUCACUCUCUUUGUAAUAUUAUAAGUCAGAAUUAUACAGGUUUUACCAAUAUUAUUACACUUCUCCGAGCUGCCAACACUUGGUGUCUAUAUCUGUGGAACCAAAUUAACUUUUCCCUAAAUGGAAGAAUGUGUGUGUGUGCGUAUAUAUAUAUAUAUAUAUAUACACAUAUACGCACACACACAUACAUAUACAUAUAUAUAUGUAUAGAUACACACCCCUUUACGUGUUUAACAUACACACACUUAAACACAUAAAUAUUAGCGUGAUUCUAUCUUUGGAGUUUGCAAUAUAGCAUAAAGGACGAGUAGACAUGCACAUUAAGAUUACCUGUCACAGCAACUAGAUGCAGCUGGGACCCAAUCAGUCAAAGGAGGAAUCUUGUCCACAGGGACGUGGGGAAAUUCCAAAUGAAGUCAGGUCUUCAGCAUCACGAAAAACCAGAGCCAAACUCACCCCAGCAUCACAAAACUCCACUGGCCAAAUGAAUGAGUGAAACAGGUCACUCAAUCAAGCGCUGUAAGACAGCCAGGAGAGGGGGAGCUGUAGCAAACGGAAGUGCCCAGGCCCCCUGUGAAAGGAAAGGGCCACCCCUGUUGAGCUCCAGCUGCUUGCUGCCGUGCGAUAGUGUUAGCCCAGGGUUACCAGCUCCUCAAAUUUGGGGGAAAGCCAGAUUUUCAUAGAAACAUUCUCAUUUUUAAAUAUCAAAACAGAUUAAAAAACAAUUUUAAACUUCUGGUUAAACACUUAUGCAGCUGGGUUUAGCUCAGAAGCUGACAAGUUGCAACCUCAUUCGUUCUAGAAACUUCCAGCAUUUGCAUCGUUGUGAGUUUGUGAGGACAGACACCUCCACUCUCCAACUUGUAGGCUAGUACAGCUGACAGAGGCUAUAGAAUAUAAUGAGGAUCCUCGUCUUCCAAACAAGACUUUGCAACCCAGCUCAAACAAGGUGGUUAUAUGAUUUGUCCACGGAUGGAGAGGCCUUGGUGUCCUCACAUACAUUCUCCUUAGCCAGUGUCUACCCAGAAGCCCUGCCCUGCUAUAAUUUGAAUCUACUUCUUCCCAAUCCAAUAUGAAUUGAUGGGGGGACAGGCAGGUGAUGGAAAUCAAUGUAUAAAUCACAAUUGGUGUCUCCAGGGCUUACGGUUUGAUUAAGGCCAAUACAGAAAAAAUUAAAAUACUACUAAUGGCCCAGGGCAUCUACCAAAUGAUGAAGGUGGUAUCUCAGAAAUCGCCCAAAGCGAUCAUGCAUGAAAUUUUAUUCCCACGCAUAGCCAAAUGAAGUGUUGAUGAUGAAAUAGCUGAACUUUUUAAACAGGAGAGGGGGCUGUAGCCCCAGAGUUUUAUUACCUCUCUUGCUUUAAAUGGUAAUCUUAAAAGUUGCAUUGUGCUCUUCCUUUGUUUUGGCAUAGAUAUAUAUAUAGAGAGAGAGAAAUACUAUAAGGAGGUUUAUUUCUUAGGAAAUGCACUGAAUAAUGUAUUUCUUUUACAGUGUAAUAUGGGGGUGGGGGAAAUGCAAAAGAAACGUGUAUUUUUGCUAGUUGCCUAUCUUCUAAGAUAAAUAAGCACAAUAUUGCAAUGGAUCCAAUACUCCAGUUAGGUAUUCUAGAUUAGUAUUUAAAUUUGCUGUAGAUUGUGUGUGUGCUAAGUAAAAGUUCCAUGAUUCACAAUUUCGGUAUUAACCCAUGUUGUGAAAGCUGUGUUACUACUCAACAGAUCAUAAUGGAUGUGCGACACAUAACACAAGCAUUAACUAAAUCAUCGUUUGUAAAGCCAAAUGUACCAUGCAGAAGUCUUCAUCCACUUUUAUAGCAGACUACAUUAAAACAAGUUAAAUCAUUCUGUCUGGGGAAAA